UUGUCAAUAUUUGUCUAUGCUUUCAGUUUAUUAGUUGAGGUUAGCUUUUGAGCCGUGUUUUUUCUUAAAAUACACAUACAUAAAUCAGAAUUUGAGAAGAACCUGUGCUUCUAUUAUAUCGUAUACGCUAUGGCGCUCUCAUUUAAUCUUCGAUCAUUGGUUAGAAAAUUAGUUGUGUCUGAUUUUAGAACUGGUGUUCGCUUCUAUGCAGAUCAACAAGAAGAAUCUAAUGACAACCAAAAAGAGGUUGAUCCCACGAAGGAUAGAUCCAAAAUUAUACCUGUCGAAACGAGUAUAAAGUAUAUGCAGAGUAAGGCAUACCAGCAAACGUACGGCGAUAAUGCAGUUUGGGUCUUGUACAGACGCAACCACAAGGGUGGUGUUGCUCCGCGAAAAACAAGAAAAUCGUGUGUAAGAAAUGGAGUGAUAUCUACCGGAAAUCCUUGCCCUAUUUGUCGAGAUGAAUAUUUAGUCUUAGAUCAUAGGAAUACACAACUCUUAGAACAGUUUGUCUCGGAAUACACUGGACAGAUAUUAGAUGCCUACAAAACUGGCCUCUGCCAAAAGAAGCAUAAAGAGUUACUAGUUGCAAUUGAACGAGCCUGGGACCAGGGCUAUCUCACUUAUGAUGUACCAUUCAGGGAAUAUGAUUAUUCACUCUACAAUAAAACAUCCAACUCUGUUUAAAAGCAGUUUACUAACAUAAUUUUAGUUACAAUAUAAUAGAUAUUGAUUC